CUUAUCACACAUAGGAGAAUCCACACCUGUGAGAAACUGUAUGGAUGCUCUGAGUGUGGGAAAAGCUUCAGUCAGAGCUCAGAUCUUAUCAGACAUCAGAGAAUCCAUACCGGGGAAAUGCACUACACAUGCUCUGAGUGUGGGAAAAGCUUCAGUCGGCGCUCACAGCUUAUCACACAUCGUAGAAUACACACUGGAGAGAUGCCCUACACAUGCUCUGAGUGUCAGAAAAGUUUCAGUUGGAGCGCACACCUUAUCAGACAUCAGAGAAUCCAUACAGGGGAGACGCCCUACACGUGCUCUGAGUGUGGGAAAAGCUUCAAUCAGAACUCUGCCCUGAGCGCACACAGGAGAAUCCACACAGGUGAGAAACCGUAUGGAUGCUCUGAGUGCGGGAAAAGCUUCAAUCAGAGCUCUGCCCUGAGUACACAUAGGAGAAUCCACACAGAUGAGAAAUUGUAUGGAUGCUCUGAGUGCAGGAAAAGCUUCAAUCACAGCUCUGCCCUGAUCACACAUCAGAAAAUCCACACAGGGGAGAAGCCCUACACAUGCUGUGAGUGUGGGAAAAGCUUCAGUUGGCGCUCACACCUUAUCAGACAUCAGAGAAUCCACACAGGGGAGACUCCCUACACGUGCUCUGAGUGUGGGAAAAGCUUCAGUCAGAGCUCUGCCCUGAGCACACAUAGGAGAAUCCACACAGGAGAGAAACUCUACACAUGCUCUGAGUGCGGGAAAAGCUUCAAUCAGAGCUCAAGCCUUAUUAGACAUCACAAAAUCCACAUGAGUGAACUGUUAUAAAUCCUUUGACUAGAGCUGGCCAAAGUUUUUUUUUUUUUUUAAAUCACAUUUGCUAAUUCCCACAUAGUGAUUUUUACACCAUCUUCACCAUGGCGCCUCAGCUCCCCCAGAUGAGUUGCCUGCUUCUGCCUUUGGCAGCUCACCCUUCUUUGGGGUCAAUCCUCUGAUUUUUUUUUUCUAUCAACUCCUUUCCUUUUGAGUCAUAGGAGUGUGUGUCCCUCCAGCCAGGCAUGUUUAUCAGCUCCAGGUGGAGGGAGAGAGGUUUAAUCCCAACAAGCUACAUUGAGGCAAAAACUACCUGUUCCGUACAUCCACUAGGACUGUACAUGGCGUUGGCUGCUCAAGUUAGUGAUCUUGGUGUAAAAAGACAAUUAUAGUUGUAGUGCGGAUGCAGCCCAGGUGCAGUG